AUGCCUGAAGAAACCCAGACCCAAGACCAACCAAUGGAGAAGGAGGAGGUUGAGACUUUUGCCUUUCAGGCAGAAAUUGCCCAGUUGAUGUCAUUGAUCAUCAAUACUUUCUACUUCAACAAAGAGAUCUUUCUGAGAGAGCUCAUUUCAAACUCAUCAGAUGCUUUGGACAAAAUCAGAUAUGAACGUUUGACAGAUCCCAGUAAACUAGACUCUGGGAAAGAGCUGCACAUUAAUCUUAUACCAAACAAACAAGAUCGAACCCUUACUACUGUGGAUACUGGCAUUAGAAUGACCAAGGCUGACUCGAUCAAUAACCUUGGUACUAUUGCCAAGUCUGGAACCAAAGCGUUCAUGGAAGCUCUGCAGGCUGGUGCAGACAUAUCUAUGAUUGGCCAGUUUGGUGUUGGUUUUUAUUCUGCAUAUUUGGUUGCUGAGAAAGUAACUGUGAUCCCCAAACAUAACGAUGAUGAGCAGUAUGCCUGGGAGUCCUCUGCAGGAGGAUCAUUCACAGUUAGGACUGACACCGGUGAACCUAUGGCUCGUGGAACAAAGGUUAUUCUCCAUCUAAAAGAAGACCAAACUGAGUGCUUGGAGGAACGAAGAAUAAAGGAGAUUGUGAAGAAGCAUUCUCAGUUCAUUGGCUAUCCCAUUACUCUCUUUGUGGAGAAGGAACGUGAUAAAGAAGUCAGCGAUGAUGAGGCGGAAGAAAAGGAAGACAAGGAGGAGGAGAAAGAAAAAGAAGAAAAGGAGUCUGACGACAAACCUGAAAUAGAAGAUGUUGGUUCUGAUGAAGAAGAGGAGGAGAAGAAAGAUGGUGACAAGAAGACGAAGAUUAAAGAAAAGUACAUUGAUCAUGAAGAGCUCAACAAAACAAAGCCUAUUUGGACCAGAAAUCCUGAUGGUAUAACUAAUGAGGAGCAUGGAGAAUUCUGUAAGAGCCUGACCAAUGACUGGGAAGAUCACUUGGCAGUGAAGCACUUUUCAGUUGAAGGACAGUUGGAAUUCAGAGCUCUGCUUUUUGUCCCAAGACGUGCUCCUUUUGACCUAUUUGAAAACAGAAAGAAAAAGAACAUCAUUAAGUUGUAUGUCCGCAGAGUUUUUAUCAUGGAUAACUGUGAGGAGCUAAUCCCUGAAUAUUUGAAUUUCAUUAGAGGAGUGGUGGACUCUGAGGAUCUCCCUCUAAAUAUUUCCCGAGAAAUGUUGCAACAAAGCAAAAUUUUGAAAGUUAUCAGAAAGAAUUUGGUCAAAAAGUGCUUAGAGCUCUUUACUGAACUGGCAGAAGAUAAGGAGAACUACACAAAGUUUUAUGAGCAGUUCUCUAAAAACAUAAAGCUUGGAAUACAUGAAGAUUCUCAAAAUCGAAAGAAGCUUUCAGAGCUAUUGCGAUACUACAAUUCUGCUUCAGGUGAUGAGAUGGUUUCUCUCAAGGACUACUGUACCAGAAUGAAGGAAAACCAGAAACAUAUCUGCUAUAUCACAGGUGAGACCAAGGACCAGGUAGCUAACUCAGCCUUCGUGGAACAUCUUCGGAAGCAUGGCUUAGAAAUGAUAUAUAUGAUCGAGCCGAUGGAUGAAUACUGUGUCUAACAGUUAAAAGAGUUUGAGGGGAAAACUUUAGUGUCAGUCACCAAAGAGGGCUUGGAACUUCCAGAAGAUGAAGAAGAGAAAAAGAAACAGGAAGAGAAAAAAACAAAGUUUGAAAACCUCUGCAAAAUCAUGAAAGAUAUCUUGGAGAAAAAAGUUGAAAAGGUGGUUGUGUCAAACCAAUUGGUCACAUCCCCGUGCUGUAUUGUGACAAGUACAUAUGGCUGGACAGCAAACAUGGACAGAAUCAUGAAAGCUCAAGCCCUGAGAGACAACUCAACAAUGGGUUACAUGGCAGCAAAGAAACACUUGGAGAUAAAUCCUGACCAUUCCAUCA